AUGUCGUACUACGAGCCUCAGGGUUGGCAGGCCCCCGCCGCGCGCCAAGUUUCUUGGGAACAGCCGGUUCCUCCAUCUCGGUCAGGAUCCAGCUCGAUCUCCCAGCGUGAGGAAAUGCCGGCUUUCUCGUCCCAGUUUGAUGAGGUCGAUCGGGCGGUUGACAACCUGGUCAAGAGCGGCAAGCUGUGGAAUGCUCCGCGGAGGGACUCCAUGCCCCUCAUGAUGGGUCGUCCUUACGCCGACUACGAUACUCGUGUUGCCAGCGCCAUGGCCUCCCGUCACCAUUCUAUCAGCGAGUUCGAUGGCGCCCGCCCCCAUCCCCCCAACAACCAAGGCUUCUACACGCCUCAACGAUUCCAAAACCGUCCCAAUGAAGUAGAGCAGAUGAUGCAGGCAAAGCGUCGGAUGGCGGCACAGCGUGAAAGGGAACUCCGCAAUUACCACCAGGAGCAGCAGUACAACCGAAGCCUGCUUUCCGAAAUGUCUGGCAACAACAAGCCCGAGCGUUCUCUGAGUCCCGCCGCGAUGAGUGAAGAAAGCCGUCGAGAUCUACUUACUCGCCAACACCGAGCCCUGUACGGCAAUGAUAGUCCCGCUUUCUUUCCUGCGGGCGGUUACGCUGAUGACGCUUCGCGACCUGAUAGCCAGGGCGGUACCGGAACUCCUUCCUCGGCCACCGGCGUGAGAGGCCCUUCCCCCCGCGGUGUGGAUCCCUUCGGUUUGUCCCAUGCCCAUACCCCGGGCCCAGCCAGCGCCGACGGAGUUGUGCACACUCCCACCGCUGCGUCCGCGCUGCAGUCCCCGAACCGCGCGAAUAGCACCUCGUCCCCCAGCUCCGGCAUCAACCCCGUCUUUGGUAAUCCCGCAGAGCAGCCGGUCACAUCCACCUCGUCGCCCGGUGGAGCCGACUCACCGUCGCGUACAGCCACUUCCAAGUCCACCGCUGGUCCCAUUGGCUCAGUGGGUCCCAUCGGUUCGCGGCCGAUCCCCACUACCAGCUCUGUCUCUAACCCAGGCUUGACCAAGCGCUCCACCACACCGCUACCCUCCCCGCUGGGCUUCAGCUUCACAGCCGGUGAUGCUGGCAAUGAUCACUCGGCUGGCAUCCCUCCCGCUUCUGCCACCGGUGCCCCAGUUGGCUGGGGCAACAGCAGCGGAGUGUGGGGAUCCAAGAGCGGCCUCGGCGUUCAAGCCCCUGUUUGGGGUUAA